AUGGCUGGGCGCUACUUUAUUUCCUUUUCUUUUUUGUCUUCAUACAACUUUUUUCUCUUUCUUUUUGUGUUCCCUUUGCUUGAUCACUCCCUAUCAUUAACGAUUUACAUUUUUUAUUGUGAUUUUUCUAUUUUUCAAAUAUUUAUCUAUCUCAUUUUAUUUAAUUCUAUCUAUCUAUCUAUCUAUCUAUCUAUCUAUCUAUCUAUCUAUCUAUCUAUCUCAGUCUGUUCAUAUCUAUCUAUCUAUCUAUCUAUCUCAGUCUGUUCUAUCUAUCUCAUGUAUCAUAUCUAUCUAUCUAUCUAUCUAUCUAUCUAUCUAUCUAUCUAUCUCAGUCUGUUCAUAUCUAUCUAUCUCAGUCUGUUCAUAUCUAUCUAUCUAUCUAUCUAUCUAUCCGAAUUUUUGGCUAUCAUUAUUUUCUCGCUUUUUUCACGCUCUCUUUUUCUCUCUUCCUCUUCUCUCUCCCCCUUUCUUUCUCUCUCUUUCUUACUUUCUCUCUCUUUUUUCUUUCUCACUCCGUCUUCUCUCUCUUUUCACUCUCUCUUUUUCUCUCACUCUUUCUGUCUCUUUUCUCUCUGUAUCUCUUUUUCUUUCUCUCUAUCUUUGCUCUCUGUAUCUUUUUUAUCUCCCUCUUGUUCGUUCUCUUGUUUUAUCCUCUGUCUUUUUCUUUCUCUGCGCCUUCUCUCUCCCUUUUUAUUCUCAUUUUUUUUCUUUCAUUCUUUCUGUCUCUUUUCUCUCUCUCUCUUUCUCUCUCAUCCUUUCUCUCUCUUUUCUCUCACUCUUUUCGCUCUCUUUUUUUAA